AUGGCGGAUCAGCUAGCAGACAAGCUGAAAGCUACCCAAAUCAGUGAUGGCCUGCCCACUGGAAAUGACGACUGGAAGAAGAGCUUGAACCUCCCCGCCAAGGAUAACCGACAACAAACAGAGGAUGUCACAAACACAAAGGGCCUCGAGUUUGAGAACUUUGCCCUGAAGCGAGACCUGCUCAUGGGAAUCUUCGAAGCUGGUUUCGAAAAGCCCUCCCCAAUUCAAGAAGAGGCUAUCCCUGUCGCAUUAACUGGACGAGAUAUCCUUGCACGAGCAAAGAACGGCACUGGCAAGACGGCUGCCUUUGUCAUCCCUGCGUUGGAGCGCAUCAACCCCAAGGUCUCCAAGAUCCAAUGCCUCAUCCUUGUCCCCACACGUGAGCUUGCCAUGCAGACCUCGCAAGUCUGCAAGACCCUCGGCAAGCACCUCGGCGUCAAUGUCAUGGUCACGACUGGUGGUACCGGUCUUCGAGAUGACAUUAUCCGUCUGCAGGAUCCCGUCCACAUCGUCGUCGGCACCCCCGGCCGAAUUCUUGACCUUGCUGGCAAGAACGUUGCCGACCUCAGCGAGUGCCCCAUGUUCAUCAUGGACGAAGCCGACAAGCUUCUCUCCAUUGAGUUCACUCCCGUCAUCGAACAACUGCUCCAAUUCCACCCCAAGGACCGCCAGGUCAUGCUUUUCUCCGCCACCUUCCCUCUGUCUGUCAAGGACUUUUCCGACAAGAACAUGGUCAGCCCAUAUGAGAUCAACCUCAUGGACGAGCUCACCCUGAGGGGUAUCACCCAAUAUUACGCCUUUGUCGAAGAGAAGCAAAAGGUCCACUGCUUGAACACCCUCUUCUCCAAGCUCCAAAUCAACCAGUCCAUUAUUUUCUGCAACUCGACCAACCGAGUCGAGCUGCUUGCCAAGAAGAUCACUGAGCUAGGUUACUCUUGCUUCUACAGUCACGCAAAGAUGCAGCAGCAUGCUCGAAACCGUGUUUUCCACGAUUUCCGAAACGGUGUCUGCCGAAACCUUGUUUGCUCCGACUUGCUCACCCGAGGUAUUGAUAUCCAGGCGGUUAAUGUCGUCAUCAACUUUGAUUUCCCAAAGAAUGCAGAGACGUAUCUGCACCGCAUUGGUCGAUCCGGCCGUUAUGGCCACCUGGGUCUGGCUAUUAACCUGAUUAACUGGGACGACCGUUUCAACCUCUACAACAUUGAAAGGGAUCUGGGUACUGAGAUUCAGCCCAUCCCUGCCAGCAUCGACAAGUCUCUCUACGUUUACGAGAACCCCGAGUCUAUUCCUCGACCCAUCUCCAACCUCCAGAGGGGUCAACAACCCGCUGGGCUGAACGCCCAGCACAACAACCAGCACUUCUCGGGCGGACGGGGUCGUGGCCGAGGCCGUGGAUAUCGCGGUCGUGGCGGCCAAGGCGCAGGCGGACGAGGUCGCGGCCCGCCCCGUGAAGCCCAAACCUAA